CACAGUGUAUAUAAAGAGAGGUUGCAGAGAGAGGGAAAAUGCGUCAUCGGAGUUUCAUUGUCGACGGCGUUGAUGGAGAAGAGUAGGUCGUUUCCGGAGUACUCGUCCUCUUACUCCGGCGAGUUCGGAUUCGAAGAGCGAUCGAGCUCCUACACUUUCAACGGGCCGAGCAUCAAGGCCCGCCAGGGAUUCGCGGCGUCGAACGAUCCGGAGAUGAAGAGGAAGAAGAGAAUCGCCACCUACAACAUGUUCGCGACCGAAGGCAAGGUCAAAUCUUCUGUCAAAGACGGUUUCAAGUGGAUCAAGAGCAAGUUCAGCGACGUCCGUUACGGUCUGUGACUCGCUUCUCGUCCUUGUCCAUUCCGCUGUUGAAAUUUCUCUUGUUUAAUUCGUUCGAAAACGAGAGAGAGAAAGAGAGAGAGCUGUGAAUUGUAUCAAAAUUGUGAAUCGAUCUUCUGCUGUUUGCAUGAACAAAUGCAUGAUGCACUUCAAGCAUCAAACUAAGAGUGA